AUGCUCCACUUCCCUCCAUGUUCCACCCCCAACGCCCCUCCACCAUCACCCACCCUUCAACAGGACAUCAACCUCUUCUUUGCUCUCCUCUUCCACACCAUAGCAGCCUUCUCCUCUCAAGCCAUCGGUUCCUCCCCUUCCUGCUCCUCUUCCCCCUCUCCAUGCGCCUCUCCUUCCUCCUCUCCUCCCUCCUCUCCUUCCUCCUCUCCUCCCUCCUCUCCUUCCUCCUCCUCGCUCCCCUUUCAUUCCUCCUCCCAUCCCUCCACUCCUCCUUCCUCUCAUCCCUCCUCGCCGCCCACAGCACCGCCCGCCAUCCAUCUCUCCCGCUUUGACCUCUUCCACUGCCACCUCUUCGCCACCCUCUCCUCCGGUCGCCUCGGAGCCCUAUGGUCCAUUGGCUCUGACACAUACCUGCCAGGUUCCCUUCACAUUCUUGAGACAACUCCAGAGUCCAUCUUGCAUGAAGAGCUGGUUUGUGAAGCGCUCAAGCUUACCCACACUAUCUAUGAGAGUGAUUUUGGAUCUGGGCCAAUCACAGGGUUUCGGCCACGUCAAAAUUCAUUGUUUUCCCUGAUCUCAUCGCAACAGCUCACCAGCUCCCACUUUACCAUCUCCCAAAUUCGCCUUGGGAUUCCAUUUCCGUGUUCAGCACACAGCUUCAGGAAUUUCUUUCAGGUCGGUAAAAACCACCAGAUUCCUGUUCGUGCUGGUGGAUUGGCGAAUCAUUUCAGAAUUCUUGCGUGUCGCGUCAAGAUGGCGCCAUCGAAGGUCCUUCUCCUCGGUCUCGGCCUCGCGGCACUGCUCGCAGUGGCCGCAGCUGACGGCGAUUCCGAUGUCGUCGCUUUGAACAACGACAAUUUUGACGACUAUGUCGGCAAGGAGGAGGCUGCGUUUGUCAAGUUCUAUGCUCCUUGGUGCGGUCACUGCAAGAAGCUGGCCCCAGACUAUGAGACCUUCGCCACGGCGUUCAAGAAGACCAAGUCCGUCGUCAUCGCCAAGGUGGACUGCGACGAGCACAAGGAUGUGUGCAGCAAGUACGGUGUGAGCGGCUUUCCCACGCUCAAGUGGUUCCCGGCUGGCAAGUCCGAGCCUGAAGACUAUAAGGGCGGACGAGACGUAGCGGAUCUGGUGGAGUUUGUAAACGAGAAGCUCGGGACACACGUGAAGAUCGCGGCGCCUGUGUCGCAUGUGGUUGCCCUGGACCCAUCCAACUUCGACAAAGUGGUUCUGGACACCACCAAGCACGCUCUCGUCGAGUUCUACGCUCCUUGGUGCGGCCACUGCAAGUCCCUUGCUCCUACGUACGACAAGCUGGGCGCGGUGUUCAAGGCGGACAAGAACGUGGUCAUCGCCAAGGUGGACGCUGACUCGCACCGCUCCCUGGGCGAGAAGUACGGCGUGUCUGGCUUCCCCACGAUCAAGUGGUUCCCGGCGGGCAACAAGGACGGCGAGGAUUACAACGAGGGCCGGGACCUGGCGGACUUCGUAAAGUUCAUCAACGAGAAGACGGGCACCAGUAGGACUGUCUCGGGCAGCCUCCUUGAGACGGCUGGGCGCAUCGCGGAGCUGGACGAGAUUGCUACUGCUUUCGUUGCUGCGAAGGAGGGAGAGAGGGCGGGGCUCAAGGCUAAGGCCGAGGCAGUGAAGGUGGCUGAUGACAAGGCCAAGCACGCAGCCCUCUAUGUCAAGGCCAUGAAGAACAUUAUUGAGAAGGGCGCUGAUUAUGCUGAGAAGGAGGUUGCCCGCCUCACCCGCGUGCUUGCAGGGUCUCUCAAGCCAGAGAAGGCCGAUGACUUCACCAUUCGCAAGAAUAUUCUUUCUGCCUUUGUUCAGGCCAAGUAG